UCAUCGCAAUGUAUGAAGUUUGGUACUUGACUUGGACAGGCACAAUAUCCAGAUGAGUCAGAAGUAUUCACCAAUUCAAACCAUGGAGGACACUCCUUCAUACUGCCAACCAAGCAUACUGGCGUACAAAGUAUUAGAAGCACUGUGAGGACAAAAUCCAUUAUCUCUGUCUUGAUAAUAUCAUGUACAGAUGUUUUCUUGACGUGAGAAAAGUAGAGUGAGCAAGUCUGCUCCCAAGGGUUUUUGUAACUAUCCAUGGGAAUAGGAAAUAAUCAUAUUUGGUGGAACAUAAAACUCAUCAAAUAAACUACAAACUUUUAGUUGCUGUAUGGCGUCAGAUAAUCAAGUGUACUGUGAGUAUAGAGUUUACUAUAUAUCCAUUGCUAAAGACAGUGCUCUUCAUCCCAAAAGGUGUGCUUAAUUAUGAGCCGUUUGUGUGUCCCAAUCCCUACCAAGGCACGUAGGUAGUCUUGUUAUCGUAACUAAUAGCUAUUCUCCAUGUAGUAACAACAUUCUAUCACGUUCAACAAACUCACACACACUCACUAACACCCGCUCACCCCUCAUGCACACACACACACACACACACACUGCAGUGUUCAGUGGAGAUGCAGCAGAUCCUGCGACUGGCCCUCCGUGAUGGAGACGAGUGGGUGAGACUGUUUGCCACCAUUCUGGCCCCGUUUCCCCAUUCCCAGUCCAUCGAUGUGGAGCCAUGUACUGAGGGAAACAUGGAGGGGGUCCAAGCUGAAGUUGCUGAAGCAUUGUCCCUGAAGAGUGACUGCUCAUUCAUUCCCCACGAGUUUGCCUGUCUCAACCACUCGGUGCUCUCUGCCGCUCACAAGUAUACUCCGCCCACUGGACACACCCACUUUACUCUGAGACAGCAACCCCAGGCAUCAGUCCAGCUCAGGAAUGAGAUCCUCCAGAAAGCUGAGAUGGAUUUUGCCCAGACAGGGUCCCUAGUCAAAGAUAGGCAUCUCCUCCAGCGACAAAUGUCUGCUACUGGUUCAAACCCGUUUGUAUCCACGUCUCGUUCCAGUAGCAGCAGGAAGUCGGUGCCCAUUCCAGGCCACACGGCCUCUCGUGUUCAGAGAGAGAGAGGCACAAAGCUUCUUGACAUUAAUGAAGUGCCACUCAAUUUCAAAAGAAAGAGACGAGCAGUAGCUGACUUGGAGCUACCAGGUGGUGGUGGGGAGUCAAAGAAGACCAGGACCUCCUCCAAGAGCGAACCAGACACACCCACACCCACGUUGCAGUCUGCAACACCAGACUAUGCGGCGGGGCUGGGGGUGGAGUUUCCACCAGCCACACCCACCUCGUCUCGGGCGGUGGUAGGGGGCGGAGACGUCACUGGAGGGGCGGCGGCGGCCUCGGGUAAAAAGGGAGCACUGGAACUGGCUUUGCAGAGUCCCACAACAUCUCUGGCCAGUGACUCUCAGAAACCUCAGAGCUCAACUACACCUGUUACACCGUUCUACUCUCUGACGUCGCCCACAUACCAGCCGUAUCCCAGGGCAACGGCCACUCCCAGUGGCCCCAUCCCACCCCACAUCAGUCCCUUCACUCCCGGCACUCCCUCCACCCCCACCCUCCCAACCUCCCCCAGCACACCUCAGCCCAAGCUGAAAGUCACUCGUCAGCAGCUCCUGAUAGCCCAGGAGAUGUUCAAAGAGAGCCAAAAUCUUACCAGAGAGCACAAAGCUCUCAUCCUUGGUUUCAUGGCCGGAGCCAGAGAAAAUAUUGUUCUUCUGCAGAAAACCCAUACCCCAACCGUGAGGUGGUAACAAUUAAGCUAAACGACAGGGUGCAGGAGGAGAGUGAGGGGAAGAAGGUUCUCAUUGAGACAGUCUUUGAGAUGAACUACAAGACUGGGAUGUGGAGGAAACUCCAGUACAAGAGACCUCAUCAGUGAAAUAGUUUUACCACUGACAGUAAAGUAUGACUAAGAGCACAAUUAAAAUUGUGUAUAGGGUAUAUACUGAAGGUAUGAAUGGAUUAAUUUGAUUACUCUUACUGUUGCACUGAAAAU